AUGACUUUAAUUCAGAGUCUACGGCUUUUGCGGCCGGCAACACGCACACCACAAGUUGCCAGACUAGCCCAGUCCUUCCACGUCGGUCGACCAAGUGGCGCCAGCGUCCAGGAUGGGCCCGGAGGGAAGAGGCAGAAGAAGGAUAGGGUAGCAAAGGGGACGGAGCAGCAGGGUCAGCAGGACACGCCAGCACAGAGUGAAGCGGUUAGGAUAUCAGAGUUCAAAAAGAUGCGCCUCCAGGCGCUGGAGGAAGUGCGCGAAAAGGGCGUGAUUAAGGAGACGCAUCCGCGACUGGUCCAUCGCAAGAAGCCCAUGUCGGUCCCGGCCUUUAGGAAGGUUUGGGAGAAGAAGGAGUUGAGUGACCCUGGCAACGCCGAGGUCGUCACCCUGUAUGGUACGCAGAAUGAAAUACAAGUCGUCGUCCCACAAGAGCAGCAGCAGUCGCCGCAGCAGCUUGUGGCCGGCGGCGCCACAGGCCGCGUCCAAUCCGUUCGUCUCCACGGGAACAAGCUCGUCUUCGUCACUAUUGUCAAUGAGUUCGAGAAGAUCCAGGGCAUGAUCAAUUAUCGUAAUCUCGGCGCCCACUCGCCUGACAUGAACAUUGAUACCUUUAAGCUCUUUGCCCGGCUGAUCGAGAAGGGCGACCACAUCUCCAUCACCGGCCGGCCCACGCGCACAAGCACCGGCGAGCUCACGCUUCAAGCCGUUGUGCUUCCGGAGCUGCUGUCCCCCGCGAUGGAGCAGAUCCCCCAGACCCUGACGGACCCAGCGACCAAGGCCGCGAAGCGUCAUGUCGACAUGAUGGUCAACCCCGAAGUCGCCGACGUCUUGCGCAUGCGCUCCCACAUCACAAAGUACAUGCGCGAUUACUUCCACGACAAGUCCUUCCUCGAGUUCCAGACGCCCAUCCUCGCCGAGAACGCUGGCGGCGCCGUCGCCCGCUCCUUCACCACCCAGGCCACAGAGUUCCCUUCCAAGGAGCUUUCCCUGCGCAUCGCCCCGGAGCUCUGGCUCAAACGCCUCGUCGUCGGCGGCGUCCACAAGGUGUUUGAGAUCGGCCCGGCCUUCCGCAACGAAGGCAUCGACGGCACGCACAACCCAGAGUUCACAAUGUGCGAGUUCUACAGCGCCUACACCAACCUCCCCGAGCUCAUCGACCGCACCGAGGAGCUUCUCUCCGGCCUGGCCACACAUUGUCAGGAGCUCAUCGAUACCAAACUUACCUCCCUCCAGCCCGUCGACCUCUCCAAGUUCGCCCGCCCCUUCCGCCAGCUCGAAUUCAUCCCGGCCCUCGAGGAGGCCCUCGGCUUCCGCUUCCCAAAACUGACCGGUAAAGACGCCUACUCGGAGCUCGUCGCCGUGCUGGCCCUCAGCAAGAUCGAGGUGCCCGGCGGCGUCCCGCCCACCAUGCCCAAGCUCCUCGACCGCCUGGCGGCCAUCUACCUCGAGCCCAAAUCCUUCGAGGGCCCCCUCUUCAUCACGCACCACCCGACCUGCAUGUCCCCGCUCGCAAAGAGCUUCGUCUGCCCCAAGACGCUGCAGCUCGUGUCGGCGCGGACGGAGCUCUUCGUCAACGGCCGCGAGCUGGCCAACAUGUACGAGGAGGAGAACGACCCGGCCGCGCAGGCGCGCAAGCUCGCCGAGCACCGCUUCUUCGGCACCGGCAAGGACGCCGCGCCGCUCGAGGCGGACGACCCGCACCCGCUCAGGGACGCGCCGCUCGACAAGAGCUAUAUCCGGGCGCUCGAGGCUGGGUUGCCGCCGACGGGUGGCUGGGGGUGUGGUGUGGAGAGGCUCGUCAUGUUGUUCUCUGGCGCCAGCCGGAUCAGCGAUUGUUUGAGUUUUGGCACGUUGAGGAACGUGGUUGGGUUGUCGGCUGAGGGGCCGCAGAAUCAGUCUGAGGCGGGUUCUUCUACCCAGGCUGAGGAGUCUACGUCUAACCAGUCGGGGGAGUCUCCUUCCUGA